AAAUCUAUUACAUUUUUCACUAACCAUGAAUUUUUUUUAUAAACAAAUCGUGAAUCACAAGAGAAAUAAAAUAUUCCCUGAAAAUCAAAAUACAUUGUAUAACUUGUAUAUCUGCCAAUAGUACUCACAAUGGAUAUCAGUAGCAUUUUAAAUAUUGAAAAGCUAGUCCCCAGAAAUUAUCUCAAUCUUGCUAUUGAAGCCGGCAGAUCUUCAGAACAAUCCCGACGGAUUCUACUCGAAACGCGUAAGCUACCUGAAAGAGGAUGGAGUGAAUCGGCUAUCGAAAACUUUAUCCAAUACCUAUCAUCACUUGACAGUAAUAAUUUUAAUGGAAAAACAGGAUUAGGAGAGCGGGAAGCUCGAAUUGCCUGUCGUCUUGUUGCAAAACGUCACUAUAACUUUGGUCAUGGGAUUGGCCGUUCGGGUGAUCUUUUAGAACCACAGCCCAAAGCAGCCGGUUCGACUCUAAUGUCUAACCUCACCAACAGUUUACUUUUAGAUCUCAUACACUAUCUAGGCGUUGCUAGUGCGAAACUUUGCUUCUUAUGUCCUAUGGCUACAGGUAUGACCCUGAAUCUAUGCCUUCUCACAUUGAAGAAACAAAAUCCCAAAGCAAAGUAUGUUCUAUGGUCUAGAAUCGAUCAGAAGUCCUGUUUUAAAUGUAUAACCAUGGCAGGCUUGCAACCGGUUGUUAUUGAUGUUGUAAACGGGCCGAAAGGUCUGCAAACCAACAUGGCUGCAUUUGAACAAGAGAUUCAAAAACUGGGAUCUGAAAAGAUUUUAUGCAUCUUUUCUACUACGAGUUGCUUUGCUCCUCGCAACUGUGACAAUAUAUUGGCUCUGUCUCAGUUAGCCGAAAAAUCGAACAUUCCACAUUUGGUUAACAAUGCAUACGGUCUACAAAGCACAUAUCUGACUCACCAAUUAGAACAAGGCAAUAAAUCUGGACGAAUCGACUUAUUCGUCCAGAGUACUGAUAAGAAUUUAAUGGUUCCAGUUGGAGGAGCGAUCGUAGCUGGAUUCAAUGAGGAGACUGUUCGUGCUGUUGCUAAGACAUACGCUGGUAGAGCAUCAAGUAGUCAAUCGGUUGAUGUCCUUAUGACACUACUGUUUCUUGGUAAAUCAGGUUAUUUAGAGUAUAGAACCAAUCGUUUAAGUUGUUUUGAAUAUCUUCAUUCGAGAAUGACUGAAUUUGCUUAUAAACACUCGGAGAGUAUGUUUCUUACCAAAGGAAAUCCUAUAUCAAUGGCUAUGACAUUGAAUACGUUUCGGUCUUUAGAUAAUUUAUCUAAAUUAGGAUCAAUGUUGUAUACGAGAGGGAUUUCAGGAGUUCGUGUUGUUACAACGUUGGAUGUGAAGUCAAUAGAUGAUCAUACAUUUUAUGGAUGGGGAAGCCACUUUUCAAAAUCAGAAGUACCAUAUAUCACAGUUGCUGCAGCAAUAGGUAUUACGAAAAGUGAAAUCGAUGUUUUCAUGAAAAAAUUAAAGGAAUGCUGGAUCAAGUUAUCUAGUUCUUUAAAAUAACGUGGCAGGCCACAACCAAAAAUAAAAAUGUUAAUAAAAUUUAAAAAUAACAUAA